AUCUGAAAGGAGAAGUACUAUCAUUAGUUACAACUCUGACAGUCGGAACAUUCGAAGGUUAAGAACACUCACGCUGGUGAAGGCCAGUGAUACAGUACAAACACCACAGAACAGACAGUUUAACCUAAGUUUGUCAAACAUGAGUUGACCAAGAUGAUGAACAUUGAAGAAAACACAGAAUUGUUGAUGCUUAAGUUGGGACAAUGUGUGCAAAGAUAACUUUCGCUGAAACAGAUGCUGCAUUUGGAAGUUUAAUAUUAGUGUAUCAGUGAGUCUCUGGACUUGGACAUGAAAGUUUUUUUAGAGCAUCAAAUGAUGGAUAAAACAAUAGGAAUCUGUUACACCUCCAAUGGGAAGCCUACCAUUCCAAAAAAGCCCAAUCCUCCACCAAAACCAAAUCUCAGUGCAUUACACCACCCAUCAAGUCACAUUCGCUCCACUAGUAGAAAGGACAAGGCUUUGUGCGACUUAAAGCCAAGGACUGGGAAGCAAAUAGCAGUAAGCUGCAACAGUAAAGAGGAGAGACACGUUACAGAUUUCCCCAAAGAUGGAAGGUCUUUGGUGGUUAUGAAUGGAUUGCAGAGCACAACAAAGACAGAAGACCAACCACAUGUUAAUUCUUCAUUGUCAAAAAAAGGUGAAUAUAGACUAUGGAAUAAAAGCUGGAUAGUAGAGGGAAAAACACAUCAGCUGGCAGCAGACCAUGUGGAUGUGGGUCGAUCAGCUCCUGAUGGCAGCGAAGUAGUUAACUUGGCUGGUGAUACCGUGGAAAAGCGUCAGUGCUCAACACCGCCACCUACCCUCUCAGAGGAGAAACACUGUCACUGCAUUUGCCAUCUUCACAGACCUGGUAUGAAACUAGUCUGGGUACCUUUACAGAUGAAGGACAAAACCAGCAUGAUAAGUGUAGGUGAAAACGCAAAUGCACUUCGAAACACUGAAGGUCAGAGGCACAAUUUUACAAAUAAAGCAGAGAUUUUAAAGCCAACUGUCAAUGGGGUCACUAGGCUGCAGAACAGUGCAUCUUCUCAACAUCCAAAACCGCAAGCUUUGCCACCGUGUAUAAAUUGCCAAAGUUUUUUACUUCACCAUAGCCCUAACAAAAUAGCAGCCAAUGGGUUAGUGUGUGGUGUUGAGUCAACUGAAAAACUCUCCAAACCCCCUCUACCAGCAAAAACCCAUCUUUCAAAUAACACUCAAAAGAAGCAUAGUUAUGAACAGCUGGAAAAUACUGAUGCUCAUAUAUACCUGGAUCUUCUGCCAUCAACUGACAGUAAAAUUACUGCCCCACCUGUGCCCCCUCGACCUCCUCCACAACUUCCUCCACGCGGUGUGCUCAAGAGUAAGAGCGAGCGAAGGUCUGCUCAGCCGUCACUGGCCUGUGUGGUCUCACUUCGUGGAGGUCGUCCACCUAUCAGAAACUGUGAGAGUGUAAGAUCAUCUCGCCCCAUAUCUGUGCCAAACCCACCAGGUGAGAGCUAUGAGAACGGUAUUUUUGAAGAAUGGGAGACUUUUGACAAGAAAGAGUUGAGUGAAUUUACAGAAAGUCCACGGAGGAUUUCCAGUGACUGGGAGCCAAACGGUGACUAUGAACCUCUAUAUCAGAUCUAUCAAGCCAAGGUCUCUGAAAAAGCCUGUCAGAUCCAAACUGACAGUCCUGAUAGCUACAGGAGGAGUGUAGGUGAAACGUUGGGUCUGGAGGGUCCUGGAGCACUGGGGGUGGUGUGCCCCCGAACCAGAAGAGGUCCUGAAGAGAUUACAUUAUGGCAGGACUUACCUGUGGUAAAGGAAAGUGGAAUGUUACAGAAACUCAGUCGCAUCGAAAGACAGAGACAAGAGAGCAUGUUUGAAGUGUUGACCUCUGAAGCUUCUUAUCUCCGCUCCCUGCGGGUUCUGAAGGAUCAUUUCUUGGGUUCACGGGAACUCAAUGAUACUCUAGUCGUUCAUGAUAAGAAGGCCCUCUUCUCCAAUAUCCUACAUGUAUACGAAGUCAGCGAGAGGUUUAUAUGGGAUCUCCUAAAACGAGUGGAUGAGAGUGUUGUGAUAUCAGAUGUGUGUGACAUCAUUCAUGACCACUCUGAGAAGUAUUUCUCCGUCUACACCGACUAUGUCCGAAACCAGCAGUACCAAGAAAAGACCUACAGCAGUCUGAUGGAAAAUAACAAAGGUUUUUCAGUUGUCAUGAAGAGGUUGGAGUCGUCUCCACUCUGCAAACGUCUGCCCUUCACCUCUUUCAUGCUCCUACCAUUCCAGCGAAUUACACGCAUCAAAAUACUUAUACAGAGUAUUCUUAAGAGGACCGCAAAGGGAACUAAAGAGGAGGAAACUGCUACCAAAGCUCUGGCUUCAGUGUCUGAGCUCAUCAAACAGGCAAACUCACAAGUGGGCCAAAUGAAACAGAUGGAGGAACUUUUUCACAUCUCUAACAUGCUGGAGUUUGAUAAACUCAAGGCCAUCCCAAUUGUCUCUAAAACACGUUGUCUAGAGAAACAAGGAGAACUACAAGAGCUGAGCAAAAGAGGGUCUCUCUUCAGUAUCCGUAACAAAUACACUCCUAUAUACAUGUUUCUCUUCAAUGAUCUCCUCCUUAUCACCACUAAGAAAAGUGGCAGUUCAGACCGGUUUGUGGUCAUUGAUCAUGCUCAUCGAUCUUUGAUCCAGGUGCAUCCUACAGAAACCAGGCUUGGGCCACAACUGGAUAACUCUUUUUGUCUCACUCUUCUUGAAAACCAUCAGGGUAAAAACUGUGAACGACUGCUCAAGGCUAACACGGAGUCAGAUAUGCACAGGUGGAUGGCUGCUUUUCCUUCUAUUAAUGCAGAACCUGCAGAGGAGAAAAUUUAUGAAGACUGGGACUGUCCUCAGGUUCAGUGCAUCAGUCAGUAUGUGGCAAAACAAGUGGACGAGCUUAGCUUGGAGCCAUCUGAUGUCAUCAACAUACUGCGCAAAACAAAUGAAGGAUGGUAUGAAGGAAUGCGUCUAUCAGACAGACAGAAGGGCUGGUUUCCAUCAGAUAACGUUUCAGAAGUAACCACAGAUCACCAGAGACGACGCAACAUCAGAGAACAGUACCAAAUAGCACAAGCCAUCAACCAAAACACUUAAAAGUUGACCCUCACUAACUUAUCUUAAGACCCCAAAAUGGCUAUGCAAAUAAAGAUUUGUGUGGGGGGGUUCCUUGCACAUAUUUACUAUUGAAACAAACUGUAAGAGCGAGACAUACUGAAAGGCUUAUACAUUUUUAAUUACCAAUUGCCACUAACUUAUGCAACAGACCAACAAAAACACAUGAAUUCUUAUUUGCUCUUCAUUUUCCCCCAAUAUCACUUAACACCAACAAUAGUAUUUAGAUUAUCCCUUUGCUGGUGUAACAAACGGUUUAGAAAACCAAUCUGAAUAAGCUCUAUAAACUUCAAGACUGAAAAUAAGAAAAUGUCCAGGAGCAGGAGGCAUUAAUCAUUUUAAACAAAACUUUUAUUGAACAUCUGUAGUGUCAUCACAGCAUAAGGUGACUUAGCAGGACAAGCCCCUUCCAUUGGGCUGUCAGGUUCCACCUUUAGCUCCAUAGCAGUAGUACGGUCAGUAGUACUUUUUAUUGCUAAAUUAAGCCAAUAAAAGAAUUAGAAAUGAAACAUCUGCGAAUAAAUCUUAGAUAUGCAUUUAUCAAUCACAACCUAUGGCAAAAGAUUUACAAAUACACAUACAUACAGUAUUUAUAUACACGUGUGUGCGUGUUUAGUGCAUGUGACGUUUUCUUGUAAAUUAGCUUUUUUAAUCAGGGUCACAUUGUUUAGGUUGAGUAAUAUCACUUGGCAAUGAAGAGGUUAUUAAACAGUAAUUGAAAAUUACCUAUUUUUCACUGAAAAAAUCUAUCAUUAUUCUAACGUUUGGUAAACCGCCUUUCCCCAGGGUUAAAAAUUCUUGCACAGUGGCAUUUGCGUGCCAUGGUUAAUUUAAUUCCUCUUACGUGUACUUAAAAAAAA